AUGAUAAGGCUUGAAAAGACCACUAAAACUGUUGAUAGUUUUUUUAUAACACAAAAUGGUUCGUGGAAAAAGCAAAACAAAGGCAGGCCGAUAGCCUCAAAAAUAAUGAUCAGACACAUCACUAAAAGCACCAUAACGCCACUUGAUAAUGCACCACGAGAACUUGAGGUUGCCCCCAAAAAUAAGAGUAUAUUUCCUACCAACAAUAGUAAAGAUGUCAAUCCAAGCGUUAAAAGUACCACCUUUUUCACGGCGAGCAUAUCAGGGGUUUUAUGUCGCCCGUUAGAUGAUCCCAUCCGAAUCGAUUUACCGGUUUACGAUCAGCCUGAAAUAGCGUCCAAUGCUUACACGUUACAACCUUUUGAGCCUGAGAAUCACCCAGGAGAAAAUCUGAAAAGUAGUGAUUCGGCUCCGAAAAACCUUAAACCAAAUAUAAACACAAAAAUAUAUUACGAUGGAGAUUCAUCGUUGCAAGACGAGAAUCAUACAGUUGGUCUGUUUGGAGCACCAAAUAAAAAAAUUAACAGUGCGAUAUUAGAAACUGAGGGUUAUGGUAGCAAAGUGUUGUCCGUAAAGGAAACAGCUCAAAAUGUGGUUGCAGGCCUGUUACAGCCUAAACCGAUAGUCGAUACAAUUCGAGAAGAAGAAAAAUAUGGGAACUCAGGUGACAAAUUUUAUAGCGCAGGUAGAGCAGUAGUGGGAGGUGCUGAGAAGUUCUCGAAUUUAUUGAAUUCUAUACUGGAGAUUCCAGGCGCCAUUAUAAAGUCAAUAACAAGAACAGCUACUGAAAAGUUGAAUAAUUUAGGAAACAAAAUAGUGGGUUUGUAA